GAAAGAAUUGGAAAAGUUAAAGAAAAUAUUACAAAAAGAGAACUUAGGAUACUUUGUGAAGGACUUUAAUGAGAACAGAUGCAGAAACAAAGAAGCAGCUCUUGAUCUCACGCUCUGCUUCCUGAGAGAGAUGAAGCAAGAUGAAGCUGCUGAUACUCUAGAAAAUGAGCUGGUCUUCAUUCAUCAGCUGAAGUGUAGCCUACAGAAGAAAUAUCAAUGUGUGUUUGAAGGAAUUGCAAAGCAAGGUGACUCUACACUUCUGAAGAACAUCUACACAGAUCUCUAUAUCACUCAGGGUUGUAGUGAACAGGUCAAUACUGAACAUGAGGUGAGACAGAUUGAAGUUGCUUCCAGACGUCAUGAAUCACAGGAGAUACAAGUUGAAUGCAAAAAUGUGUUUGAAGCACCUGAACAAGACAAGCAGAUCAGAACUGUACUGACAAAAGGAGUUGCUGGCAUCGGAAAAUCAGUCUCUGUGCAGAAGUUUGUUCUGGAUUGGGCCGAAGGAAAAGAAAAUCAAGAUAUCAGCUUCAUAUUUCCUCUUCCAUUCAGAGAGAUGAACUUAAAGAAGCAAGAAAAACUAAGUUUGAUGGACCUUAUAACUCAGUUUUUCCCAGAGACAAAAGGACUGAACCUUACAAGAAGAAAUCAAUUAAAAGUCUUGUUCAUUCUUGAUGGAUUGGAUGAAUGUCGACUUCCUCUAAACUUUAAGGAUAAUGAGGUGUGGUCUGAUGUAUCAUCACCAGCCUCUCUGGAUGUUCUCCUAACGAACCUCAUCAAGGGAAAUCUGCUUCCUUCUGCUCUCAUCUGGAUCACCAGCAGACCAGCAGCUGCCAGUAAGAUUCCUCCUGACUGUAUCGACCGGCUGACAGAGAUACGAGGAUUCAAUGAUGCACAAAAGGAGGAGUACUUCAGAAAAAGAUUAAUGGAUGAGAACCAGGCCAAAGAAAUCAGUGAUCAUGUUAAACAAUCAAAGAGUCUCUUUAUCAUGUGCCACAUCCCAGUCUUCUGCUGGAUUUCAGCCACUGUUCUCCAGAACAUUUUAGAGGAGAAAAGAAAUAAUGUUGUGAAAAACAAUCAGGCUGAUGAUGCCUCCAAAACACUGCAGGAGUCAAAUACUGAAGACACUCCUAAGACUCUGACACAAAUGUACACACACUUUCUCAGAUUUCAGAUCCAGCAGAGCAGACGAAAGUAUGAUGGAGAACAUACACCAGAUGUUUCCUGGGAUAAAGAUGCCAUCUUUUCACUGGGGAAACUGGCAUUUGAUCAGCUGGAAAGAAACAAUGUGAUCUUCUAUGACACAGAUCUGGAAGCCUGUGGUAUUGACGUCUAUAAGGAAUCAGUGUACUCAGGCAUGUGUACCCAGAUCUUUAAAGAGGAAACAGGGAUUGUUCUUGGUACCAUGUACUGCUUCGUUCACUUGAGCAUUCAAGAGUUUAUUGCAGCCCUUUAUGCACAUCUGUUUCUAGACCUAAAGAAGAAAAGUAUAUUUGUUCAUGAGUCUACAAAACAGAAAAAGAAAAGUAAAAACAUGAUUGAUUUGCUCAAGACUGCAGUGGACAAGACACUAGAGAGUGAUAAUGGACACCUGGAUCUUUUUCUUCGAUUCCUCCUUGGUUUGUCACUCCAGUCCAAUCAGAGACUCUUACAGGGUCUGUUAACACAGAAAAAUAGAAAUGAGCAGAGCAAAAAGGAAAUAGUUCAGUACAUCAAGCAGAAAUUAGAAUCUAAUCUGUCUCCAGAGAGAUCCAUCAAUCUGUUAUACUGUCUGAAUGAACUGAACGACCAAACUCUGGUGAAAGACAUUCAGACCCACCUUAGCAAAGGAAGCCUCUCAUCUGCUGAUCUUUCACCUGCCCAGUGGUCUGCUUUGGUCUUUGUGUUGUUGACAUCAGAGGAGGAGCUGGAGGAGUUUGAGCUUCAGAAAUUCAAGAAAUCAGACGAGUGUCUCAUUAGAUUAUCAGCAGUCAUCAAAACCUCCAAAAGAGCACUGUUAAAUGAUUGUGGCUUAACAGACAAAAGCUGUCCAGCUCUGGCUACAGUUCUUGGAUCAGAUACCAAUCUGAAAGAGCUGAACAUGAACAAUAAUAAUCUGCAGGAUUCAGGAGUGGAGCUCCUCUGCACUGGAUUGAAAAAUAUUAAUUGCAAAUUAGAGAUGCUGAGACUUUCAGACUGCAGUAUCAGUGAAGAAGGUUAUAAAGCUUUGUCUUCAGCUCUGAGAUCAAACCCUUCACACCUGAUAGAGCUGGAUCUCACAGGAAAUGAUCCUGGACCAUCAGGAGUGAAGCAGCUCAGUGAUUUACUACAGGAUCCAAACUGUCAACUCAAGAUCAGUGAAGAAGGUUAUAAAGCUCUGUCUUCAGCUCUGAGAUCAAACCCUUCACACCUGACAGAGCUGGAUCUCACAGGAAAUGAUCCUGGACCAUCAGGAGUGAAGCAGCUCAGUGAUUUACUACAGGAUCCAAACUGUCAACUCAAGACUCUGAGUCUGUGUGGAUGCAUUAUUACAGAGAAACAGUGUGUCAUCCUGACUUCAGCUCUGAAAUCAAAACCCUCACACCUGAGAGAACUGAACCUGAGGGGGAAUAAACUACUAGGAGACUCUGGAGUGAAAAACCUCAGUGAUCUACUGAUGAACACACAAUUCAAGCUGGAGAAACUAGAUCUGUUUUCUUGCAGUAUUACAGAGAAACAGUGUCUCAUCCUGACUUCAGCUCUGAAAUCAAACCCAUCACACCUGAGAGAACUGAACCUGAGCGGAAAUCAAAUAAAAAACACAGGAGUGAAUCACUUAUGUGACGUACUGAAGGAUUCACGCUAUAAAUUUGAGAAGCUUUGGACGUGUGUAUGCAGUAUUACAGAGAAACAGUGACUCAUCCUGACUUCAGCUCUGAAAUCAAACCCAUCACACCUGAGAGAACUGAAGCUGAGCUGUAAUAAACUACUAGGAGACUCUGGAGUGAAACACCUCAGUGAUCUACUGAUGAACACACAAUUCAAGCUGGAGAAACUACAUCUGAGUAGAUGCAGUAUUACAGAGAAACAGUGUCUCAUCCUGACUUCAGCUCUGAAAUCAAACCCAUCACACCUGAGAGGACUGAAGCUGAGCUGUAAUCAAAUAAAAAACACAGGAGUGAAUCACUUAUGUGACGUACUGAAGGAUUCACGCUGUAAACUGGAGAGAUUGAGUCUUUAUAACUGUGGCAUUACAGAUGUUUCUUCUUUAACUCAGUCUUUGACGAACACAAAAGCUCUGCAGUUUCUAAAAGAGCUUGAUCUGAGAUAUAAUAUGAUUGGAGACUCAAAGCAGAAGCUCAUUGAUGUGCUACGAGACUCAAAACUGUAA